AUGAAUAUUCUAACUUCACAAAUACAUAAAUAAAAACCUGACAUUUAAGAAAUGGUUUGUUAAAUUCAUAAACUUGAGGCUAUUGCUAUAGAUUUGGACACAUCAGAAAAAGGUAAAUUUUAUUACUUGUGUUGUAAUUGUUUAGUAGAGAAAAUGAAUAAUAAUAAAAUAUCAACUAUUUAAGAUGCAAAUGAUAGAAUAUUGUCUCUAAAAUCUUAAAAAAAAGAAAAUAAAAUAAAAAGAGAUCCAAAUGAGAUUAUGAAUUUUAAAAGCACUGUAGAUAAUACUUUGGAAAAACUAUAUAGUUAAAUAAAAGCUCAAAUUCAUACAAUUUAAAAAGAAAAAUAAUCUGUAUUAGAAAGCGUUUAAAUCUAGAAAGACUUUUUAGAGGAUCUUAAAUCAUUAUCUGAAUUUCUCUCAGCAGAUUCCCAAGAUAAAUAAUUUGAAUUUUCAUCAGAUGACUAAUUUAUUGAUGAAGUUUUUAAACAAUUUUAACUCCUAUUUAAUAAUUCUGAAUACUUCUAAACGGUUGACGCUUUCAAAGAGGCCAAAUAAAAAAUCAUUGAAGUAAAGGAAAAUAUUAAAAUCGAAUUGAUACUCCAAAAAAAUAAAAAUAAUUAAGUAAAGUUGUUUAUAUUUUUAUAGAAGACCCUUAGUUUAAAUAAAGCGUGUCCAACCCAUAAUAAAGAAAUUAUAAUGAUUGAUAUAGACACAAAGAAUAAAAAUAUAUAAGAUAGAUUUGUGUGUGUUGAUUGCAUUAGUGAUCAUCCUCAUUGUUAAUAUCGAACAAUUGAAAAAAUUAAGUUCUAAAUGAUUUACCGAUAACUAAAACAAUUGAUAAUUGUAUAUUUAAAAAAACCUCUAUUGAAGGAUUAAACCAUAAUGAAUUAGUUUCUAAUCUUACUUAUUUGA